AUGGCUUCCGCCGAGCCAGCUAUCGCAACUCCUUCUGACUCCAGUCCUGACUUUUCCUUUGCAGCGGCAGCGGUUGUGUUCAUCACCCUGUUCGGUCUCAUUACGAUCAUCAAUGCGUUCCACGUUUUCAAGUCCAAAGUAUGGUGGAUGUCCACUCUUCUUCUCGGUGGGCUAGGUUAGUCCGUCCCGACCUCCUAUCAUAUUCACUAAUCACAGUCACCUUUCGAAUGCUAAAACCUGAGUCUGAUCCGUAAAUAAAUCACUAAUCACAGUCACCUUUCGAAUGCUAAAAUCUGAGUCUGAUCCGUAAAUAAAUCAAUGCUUGUUUCAGGUCAAGUGAUCGGAUGGAGUGGGAGGCUCUGGAGUUCCAAGAACGUUUAUAGCCUCGACGCUUUCUUGAUCCAACAAUGCGCGUAAGUCCCUGGGUGAUCUACACUUCUAACGCCGCAGUAUAGCACACUGCCUCCUUUCGUUAUUACUUAUGAAAAAUCUUGAUUGUUUGUUCAUCAGCCUCAUCAUAUCCCCCUGCUUCUACUCUGCUGCGCUGUACGGAUCGCUUGGCAUGCUGACUCGGACGCUGGGGGCCGAGCAUUCCCGCCUUCGACCGAAUUUCUACAUGCUCGUUUUCUGUCUGGCCGAUCUCUUGGUCAGUAGAAAUGAGCAUACAUGGUGUUUGACCCACUUGUUAUUAAAUCUACUUUUACUGGAUUCUAACAUUGCCCUUUCCCAGGCGCUGGUUGUGCAAGCUGUGGGUGGUGCGAUGGCUGCAAUCGCUCUCGAGAAUGGAAAGGCGUCCGAGACGGGUUCGUCCGCUUCUCUACCAAAAUGCUCGGAGUCUCCUGCCGAAAAUCCAUCUACUUGCACCCUUAUCUUCUAUAUCCCCGAUAGGAACCCACAUCAUGGUCGCAGGCAUCGCUUUACAACUCGCCGCGAUGCUCGCGUUUUGCGCGCUCGGCUACGACUUUCUCCGACGGGCAAUACGAUCGCCAGCAUACCAAGAACGCAAGACGCAGCCCGGAGUCAAGCUGCAACGAAUAGUAUACGGUAUGGUGUGGGCCGCGUUUUGGAUCCUCGUUCGGUCAGUCAACUGAUCGCUGUACUGGAGGUAAUUGCUUGGCGCCGGCCCGCCGAAGCUGACGACAGUUCGAGCCCCUUUUCUUUUGUCGUUCUUUUUCGACUACAGGUGCCUCUACCGAAUGGUCGAGCUCUCGCAAGGCUGGACGGGCUAUCUCAUCAGUCAGUCCAGCAAUCGUUUAAUCAAUCAUCCCGGACCAACCCAACUCAGCUACACCCUGUCCGCUUCUGACAGCCCACGAACCAUUCUUCAUCUGCCUCGAUGCGAUCCCCAUGGUGCUCUGCCAGGCUGCGUUCGUCAUUGCUUUCCCUCCCUUCUGCAUCCCCUACGAAGGCUCCAAAGCCAAGGUCGAUGCAGAAAUGACUUCUCCAGCAUCUACGGUCGUUUCGGAUCCGACAAAACAGCCCUGA